AUGUCUGAAGAAAUUGAACUCAAUUUCAGAACUAUGGCUAUUUUAACUCCGAAAUUCAUAAAUUCAGAGUAAAUGUUAGUAGCUAAAGUAAUAUAUGAAGAAUUAUUUGUAUUCUUUGAGAAAGAACAAAAAAUUACUGGAUAGCACCUUAGAGAACCUUGUGAAUUUGAACAAGACUAAUUAUAUUAUUUUCCAGGUAUAAAUGGAAUCACCCUUGAAUAAUUAAUAAAUUCCAGAGCAAACUUAUCAGUAGAAGAAAUAACUGACUUAUUUAAGUAAUUAUUAAUUGGAUUGUAUGUGUUACAUCAAUAAGGAAUUUUAGGUAGAUGUUUUAAUAUUUAAAACAUCUACAUUUAAAAUAACUAAAUAAUACUCUCAGUAUUUGGAUUUUAUCCAAACCUUCAGUUAAUACCUCCAGAGUUACUUAAUAAUAAUUAAUAUUCAUUAGGAAUUGAUAUGUGGUUAUUGGGAUGUAUACUUUAUUAAUUAUUAACAUCGAGUAUAUUGAAUAAUUUUAAAACAAAAGAAGAAUAUAAUAAAUUUUAUUCAUAAUUAGAUAAGAAGAAAUUACCUAAAGAAUUAGCAUCCCUUGUUGCCAAAAUGUUACAUCCUUCCGAAUAAAAAAGAAUUAAUUUUGAAGAUUUACACAUUCACUUUAAAUGUGUACCAUCAAAUGAUCAUAUCUGUUAAUUCUAUAAAAAACCAUAAAGUUUGGCUCAAAUUAAUGUUUCCAUUAAAAAAAGAGAAAAUUUUAAUCCAGAAUGGGCAGUUGUAAUCAUUUAUUCAUAUAUUAUAGCCUAAAGAAUUUAAUGAAAAAACUAAACUUUUAAUCUUUAGCACAAGAUAUUAAAAACUAUCUUAACUCUUAUUGUUACCACCUAUUGAUCAGUAACCAAUUUUUAUGUCUUUGUAUAAUAAAUCAGAUGAAGUAUUAUAUCCCUAUAAUUGUCUAGGAAAUGCAACUCUAUCCUAUAAUAUGGAGAGAAUUACAUUUUCAAUAUUAUAAAUUCUAUAUUAUGGAAAAUGAAAUUGAAUCUUUAGAUCUUAUUGCCUAAUCUCCAUAUUUAAUUUGGACUAGAUUAUGUCUCUUGAAUAUGCUUAUCAUUAUUAAAAGAGAAUUUAUUUUAUUAAUAAAGGAUCAAAUAAACUUUCUUAAAGUAUCUUAGGAUGAAUGGAAUAACUUUAUUAAAAAUUCAAAAUAAAUCAAAAAGCACAUCUUUGAAUUAAAAUAUUAAAUUUCAACAGAUUAGAAAAAAUUAAAUAAUCUAUCAUUAGAAGCUGAUUAUUAAUCGAAGAAACCUAGUUUUGAAGAGAUAUUAUUAAAUAAAAAAUUAAUAUAAGAUGGUGCAUUUAUGGAUGUAAUAUUUAUUAUAACCCAAGACCUGUUAAUUAAAUCGUUUUGAAUAAUUUAAAGUUCCAUAUAGAAGAUGUUUAUAACAUUGUUAUUAUGAAUUAGAAAAGUUCGUUAAAGAUGAAAGAGAAUCAGAUGAUGGAAAAUUUUAUGCUAGAAUAAGAUUAUAACUCAUUAUUUGUAUGACCAUAAAUAGAAUAUUUGAUUUCAAGUUCGAUAACAAUAAAUAACAUAGAGAUAUUAAUUUUUUUGAACUCAAAAAGGCCUUAUAAAUUUCUGAUUUAACAUGUCCCUCUUAGGUGAAUAGUUUCUUAUAAAAUGCUACUCUCGAUCAAUUGUAAUAAUAAACAAUUGAUAUCCAUAAACUAUUUUUUAACAAUGUCCCAUCCCUGUCUAGCAGAAAUCCAUCAUGA